AAAAAAAACACUGGUUUCUUGGCGAGGUUCUGCUAUAAUUGGAGUUGGAGAUAUUGAAAGAGCUAUAGCUUUGAAGGAUGGCGGAAAGGUUUUCAAUAGCCCUCGUGGGGCUUCUGUUCCUAUGUUGCAGUUGGACAGUGAUAGUAAACGCUGAAGGAGAAUACUUGAAAUACAAGGACCCAGAACAACCCAUUAAUGCUAGAAUAAGAGACCUAAUGAAACGGAUGACUCUAGCAGAAAAGAUUGGUCAGAUGGUGCAAGCAGACCGCUCGGUAGUCUCGCGUGAAAUUAUGAGGAACUACUCAUUAGGCAGUGUACUGAGUGGUGGAGGAAGUGAGCCAUUGCCUCAUGCUACACCACAGGAUUGGAUUAACAUGGUCAAUGAUUUUCAAGAGGGUGCUAUCUCUAGCCGUCUUGGGAUUCCUAUGCUUUAUGGCAUUGAUGCAGUUCAUGGCCACAAUAAUGUGUAUAAGGCCACCAUUUUUCCCCAUAAUGUUGGUCUUGGAGCUACAAGGGAUGUUCACCUUGUGAAGAAGAUUGGCGCAGCAACUGCACUUGAAGUUAGAGCUACUGGGAUCAACUACGCUUUUUCUCCGUGCAUUGCGGUGUGUAGAGAUCCCAGAUGGGGUAGAUGUUACGAGAGCUUUAGCGAGGAUCCCGAAAUUGUGAAAAAGAUGACAGAUAUCAUAAUUGGGUUGCAAGGCGAGAUUCCAGCUGAUUCACGAAAGAGUGUCCCAUAUGUUGGUGGAAAGGAUAAGGUUCUGGCUUGUGCAAAACACUUUGUGGGUGAUGGAGGCACCAUUAGAGGCAUCAAUGAGAACAACACUGUAAUUGAUAGGCAUGGAUUACUGAGCAUUCACAUGCCUCCCUACUUGGAUUCUGUUAUCAAGGGUGUUGGCACAAUUAUGACUUCCUACUCCAGCUUGAAUGGAGUAAAGAUGCAUGCUAACCAUGAACUAGUCACCAAUUUUCUCAAGGGCACCCUCAAGUUUAGGGGUUUUGUGAUCUCUGAUUGGCAGGGUAUUGACAAGAUUACAUAUCCACCGGGUUCAAACUACUCAUACUCAGUUUUGGCUGGAGUUCAAGCUGGUAUUGACAUGGUCAUGGUUCCCUACAACUUCACUGAUUUCAUUGGUGACUUGACUGACCAUGUCAAUAACAAACGUAUCCCUAUGAGUCGUAUUGAUGAUGUUGUUCACAGGAUUUUAAGAGUUAAGUUUAUGAUGGGUCUGUUUGAGAACCCCUUAUCUGAUGAGAGCUUUAUUGACCAACUUGGAAGUCAGGCACAUAGAGAUUUAGCACGAGAAGCUGUGAGAAAGUCACUAGUUCUCUUAAAGAAUGGAGAAAAUGCAGAUAGUCCAUUGCUACCUCUGUCGAAGAAUGCAUCAAAGAUCCUAGUUGCUGGAAGCCACGCCAACAAUUUGGGCUAUCAAUGCGGUGGUUGGACUAUCGCUUGGCAAGGACUUAAUGGAAACAACCUCACUGCAGGAACGACGAUUUUAAGUGCUAUUACAACUGCUGUUGACCCCAGCACAGAAGUUGUUUAUAGCAAGAACCCUGAUGCUGAUUAUGUGAAGUCCAACAACUUCUCCUAUGCCAUUGUUGUUGUAGGAGAGCACCCUUAUGCAGAGACACUAGGAGACAGUUUGAACCUGACAAUUGCUGAACCAGGUCCAAGCACAAUCACAAACGUGUGUGCGAGUGUCAAGUGUGUUGUUGUGGUAGUCUCUGGCAGGCCUCUUGUGAUUGAACCAUACAUAUCACAAAUUGAUGCACUUGUUGCUGCAUGGCUACCGGGUUCUGAAGGCCAUGGAGUUGCUGAUGUUCUUUUUGGUGACUAUAGAUUCUCUGGGAAGCUUGCUCGUACCUGGUUCAAGACAGUGGAUCAGCUACCAAUGAAUGUUGGUGAUGCUCAUUAUGACCCACUAUUUCCAUUUGGGUUUGGACUUACUACUGAGCCAGUUAAGGCAUAGAGUCUCUCUCUUAUGUGUCUUUUCUUUUUCUUUUUUACCUUCUUGGAUUUGUUUAAAUAUUGGUUUAGUUGAUAAUGUUUAAAAGUCACAAAGGUAUGAGGAAAUU